AUGCUCAAGUCAACAUACACACCUCCUCCUCCCCUGCCUCCAGGGUGGACGGAGCACCGGGCGCCCACUGGUCAUUUGUACUUUUAUAACACCGUUACAAAACAGUCUACAUAUACCAGACCUGCGCCAAUCAUCCACGAAGCAUCGUCGGCAGCUCCGGCCUACACACCGGAAAUAUUACCAGCAUUUUCUUCAACGCCAUAUGGCCCUGCAGGCUACCAACCAGGACCAGCACAGUACGGCCAACACCAGUCACAACACGGCCAUGGGCGUGGUGGAUUCCGUGGUGGGAAGGGAUAUCAAGACCGUGGUCGACGAGAGCCUCAAGACCGACCGAAGUCGAAGCACGUCAUUCCUGAUUGUGAGCCGUGGGUUCUCGUAAAAACCAAGUUAGGUCGGCGGUUUGUGCACAACACCGAGACCAACGAGAGUUUCUGGAAGUUUCCGAAGGAAGUGCUCAAGGCCGUUACUGAGUAUGACCGGCUAGAGCGUGAGAAGAAAGCGAGAAUCGAGCGUGGAGAAGAAUUAGAGGCACCGCGCAAAGCAGAAACACCUAAGGCGAAGCCAAUUCCCGCCACCGAUAAUAUAACCGCGAAAGAGUCUCAUGCCUCAGUGGAAGCUUCAGAGGGCGCAGAAGAUAGUGAUGAGUACGAGGAGGUGGAGGUGACCGAUAGUGAGGGUGAGGAUCAGCCGUCAAAGCGUGCGCGCACCGACAGCGAAGGUGCACAAAAUCAACCUGUCGAAUUCACCGAGGAAGACAUGGCAUAUCAACUCGCUGCCAUGGGCGAAGAUUACGGAUUGGAUCCUGGCGAAUACGGCGAGCUAGGAGAAGACGAUUGGGAGGAAACACAGGGUCUUCCGUUGACCGAGGCAGACGCUGAAGCCCUUUUCCGUGACUUGCUGGAUGACUACAACAUCAACCCAUUCACGACCUGGGAGAAAAUCAUUGAGGAAGGUCGUAUCAUCGAGGAUUCCCGAUAUACCGCGCCCUCGAACAUGAAAACUAGACGAGAAAUAUUCUCGAAUUGGAGCAAAGACCGUGCCAAGGAGGUCCAGGAGCGCAAGAAAAAUCAGGAAAAGCAAGACCCACGCAUCAAGUACCUGACUUUCCUGCAGGAGAAUGCGACACCAAAGCUGUACUGGCCCGAGUUCAAGCGCAAGUUCCGGAAAGAACCAGAAAUGAGGGACUCGCAGCUUCAAGAUAAAGAUCGAGAGAAGUUAUAUCGUGACUAUAUCUCACGACUCAAGGCUUCUGAAAGCGCUCGGAAAUCAGACCUCUCUGCCCUACUCAAAUCUGCACCUUUGCAUGCCCUCAACCAGUCUUCCAGUCUUGAGACUCUUCCCACGGUUAUUAUAACGGACGUUCGAUACAUUGCGCUUCCGCCCAAAGUCCGUGAUCCCUUAAUCGGGGCGUACAUAUCUACAUUGCCCCCGGCACCAGAACUCCAGUUGACUCCAGAACAACAAGAAGUACUUGAUCGGAAGCGGAGGGAGCGGGAGAAGCGAGAACAUGCGCUGGCGGAGCGUGAGAAACGGGUUGAAGAAGAUAAACGCAGGCAACGUGAUGAGCUUGUGCGCGGCAAGCAUCUUCUCAAAGAAGGCGAAGCUGAGAUUGCAGAAGCCAUGAGAGUUAAUAGGGAUGGACUGCGAAGCUAUAUGGAUGUGGAUGAACCACCAGCUGGGGAGCAAGAGAAACCUAGCCAAUAA